AUGUUCGGCAUGUCCUUAGGCAAUCCUGCAUUGGCUUCUCGAACCAACGAGAGCCCUAAGACCACCCAGGGCCUCGAUCUCACGUCCGAAUCCCUUCGUCACGACAAGAUGCCCGCAUCAACCGCCGCGAACGAUGACUCUCGCAACCCAGGAGAAACCCCGACAGGGGGCGGCAGCGACCAGCCAGCGUGGCGACACGAAGCAGACAGCCCUCGCGCCCACGAAACGACCGAACACAAUGGCAAUAGUCCCAGCUCAGCCGAAGAAGUCCAAUACUAUCACCAUUUCUUGGACAAGCUGCUAGGGCUCAUCUCGCACGGAAACACGCAGACGGUGGCCCAGCUGAUUUCGGUCAUUCGCUCGGGGGCCUCGCAUGACCAGAUUCUCUCCACCAUUGCAGGUCUAUCGAGUGAGCCUAGCACUUCGAGUGCGCCAGAACAGGAGAACCAGAAUGCCACGCCAUAA